UUUUUUUGCUUCUCCUCCCCGCUUUGUUUCCCAACCCUUAAGCCUGGGGCUGGUCUCUGUGUGGUGUGUUUGCAGCAGAUGGCUCCCACUGUGGGUGCUCUGUAGUGGCAGUGGCCCAGUGCUGCUCACUGUCCCCUUGGUGCCACCUCGGUGGUUCCUCCCACACAGGUAUCUCUCAGCUCCUGUUCCUCCUGCCCUGGCCCUGCCGUGUGUUUCAGAGCAUUUCUGGACCCUGCAUGUUGCAGCCUCGAGUCUCCCUGCAGCUGUUGUGCUGACACCCCUGUCACUGCAGAGCCUCCUGGAGUGGGGUGGAGCAGUGACCCGGGUCUCCCAAGGCGACUGAACCCCAGAGCCCUGCCUGCUUUGGGGUGGGAGGUGUGGGGCAGAGAGAAGCUCGGAUGCCAAUUUAGAUCUCAAAUAACUGCAGUAGUCUUUUGUGACCUGGAUUUGGAAAUGGAUAGUGAUCUUGUUCAGUGAAUCUUGCCAAAUUUAGAAUAUAUAUCCAGCAACUGGUCUUUUGGAAUUUAAAUCACCUUUCAGCUUUUCUCUUGCUCAAGUUUACAGGAAGGUCUUGCCUCUCGUCGUGUCUGAAGUGACGCUCCUGGCCUUUGGUUUGUGGCAUCCUGCAUCUCAUCUCAGCCACUCACUUGCCGUUUAUCUCAGGUUUUCUGAACUGACCUUUCAGUCCUAAGAGGUGCACGCCCGUGGCAGAUGGCUGUGCAGUCAGACUGAAUCAGUCUUGCUCAGUGUUAAACCUGCAUCUCACAGAUCGCUGCUUGUUAUUAAUACUGAUUUUACUCAAUGCAAGUAGCUCAGUGUUUUGAGAAACUCCUGGAGAAGUAGCCUUGCAGGAGUAGCUGGUCUUCAUCUAUUCUAUGUCCAUUUUUCACUCUCUUUGAAACAGCCCAGUUGAAACUCAGCAGGUGCAAAUUCCCAAAUAAGUAUUUAUUUUAUUUUAUUUUAUUUGGAGAGACUGGGAAAAGUGUUCACUUUAUAGUAUGUGUUAAGAUUAUGUAAUUACCUGAAGACUCCUGGUAGCAGCGUAAGCAGCUUUUCUUUUGUGUUUUCAGUUAAAACAUCCCUGCAGUACAAAUUUUCAAGGUGUUUCAUAUCCUGCAUAUGAACUAGUGAUGUGCUUGUUACUCUUGUAGCUUGAGGUAUUUCCUUUCUCUGUACAAGCCACCAGCAGCAUGUCUUGCCACGGCACUGGGGCCAGAGCUGGUCCUGCAGCAGCGCCGGGCGGGCUCCCUGCACAGCCCCUUCCCUGCUGCUGAGCUUGCCUGGACGAGGAGUGGGGCUGGCCUCAGUUAAUUGGAGACAUAAUUGCAAAUUAAAGGCAGCAUUCUCACUCCCAGUCGCCAAACCUGGUGUUAAGGCUGAAAUGUGGAGUUCUGUACCUGGGGAGAGCACGCGCUGCAGCCUGAAGAGGACGGGGACACUGGCUUUUUCUGUCAGGUGGGGUCACCGCUGCACGUGUCGUUGGGUCUGUGGUUACCAGCUUCCACCUGCUGCUUGGCUUGCUCUGGCCUGUCUGCACAUCCCUUCAUGUUCCCUUGUCCUUCCCAGUUUCCUGAGCCUGCUCCCCGUGAGGAGGUGCUCUUGGCUGCUGUGGCCCCCGUGCUCUGCCCAGUCCCGCUCGUACCCGCUCCUCCAGCGCUGGGGGCAGGGGACGGGCCAUGUCCAGCCCCCCUGUCUGUGCCCUUCCCAGGGAGACAGCCCCUCUGCAUCCUGGGCCAGCUACAAUCCAUGUCAAAAGAAACUGAAUAUAAAACCCAUGUGUUACAAAGCAGUUUUAAACGUGGAGAAGAAAAUAUUAUGAACUUAAGAAAAUGUGAUCCUACUUAGGUGCUGCUUUUCAAGGUGGAUUUGAUUGGAAAAAGGAAAUUGUUUCACUCUUCUGUUCUAUGUGCAAAGUUUGAAUUAAAAUACAGGAAAGUGAUACUUACAUGCAAUGUUCUAAUUGGUGUUUGUUGGCUUAAUAUAGUAGGUUUCUUGGGAGUUACUUGAAAUGAAUAUUCCAACUGAACUUAGCAGCACUGCUUUAAAGAUCCUUUCCUUUUCGGGAUAAUGUGGAGCUCUGUAUCUUCUGGUAUGUACUGAUUUUUUCCAAGGCAAUUACUGACAUUACCUAAUGAUCACUAACAUCUAAGAAAACACCAUCUCUCUAGUUAAGUAGUGUCACAGCUUGCCUAACUGGGGAGCCCUUUGCUAGCCUCUGUCUUGACUUUGGGUUUUACUCUCUGAUGUCUGUGAUCGUCUCCUGUGCAGAUGCAGCGUAACAAAUGGUCCCACGGAGGAGUCUGGCAAUUAGUCCUCAGUUAUACACAAGCUUUGUGAGUAAAGUGCAAAUAUAACCAGUAUUUUGAAUUGGCUGAUAGAUUGUUUUGAGAUCCAAUGUAUAAUCUUCCAUAGGAAGUUUAUGGUAAUAUCUGGUGGUUCUUGUGCAAAAGUUUGUUUCAGUUAAAUUACAGUUCAGUGAUCUCCUGGUGGCCAUCAGUUCCCUAUUGUGUAUGUGUGCAAUUCCCUAUCAGCAUUUUGGGGUAUGAAGUUGUAUUAAGUGCUUUGCAGAUUUACUAAUUGGGGAUUAAAGCAUCUGUACUGCAGGGGUGGGUUUCCAGGGAGCAGAGCUGGUGCUUCCCAGGAGGUGGGCAGCGUCCCCUUCCUGCCCGGUGUGAGCCCGGCCACGGUGCCUGAGCUCUCCGUGCCCUGCUCCAGUGCCUGGAGUGGUACAGCUCACCUGUGUUCUGCUCUCCUUGUCCUGAGUAUUCCUUCCUCCUCUGUCCAUGCAUCCCAAGCGUAAGCACUCCUGGAUUAGUGUUGCAGUAGGAAUGCAGAGUCCAUCACUGGACCCUGCCUGGGUCAAACAGAGACUGCACCUUGUGUGAAAAUCUUGUUACUCAAGUGUUUCAUAUCAACUUUAAGUAAAUCAUUGAUUUCUGUUAAUGACACUUUGGUGAGAAAUGUGACUAAAACUGGGGUGUUGUGGUGAUGGAAGAGGAAGAGUGAUCUGAAUUCAAGGAGCUAGAAAAGAAAGGGUUAACACACAGUGUGUUCUGACUGGUACCACGCACACAACUGCCCCGCGUUGCACUGGUGGCAGCUCCUGUCUGUUGCUUCUUCAUGCUUUAAGGGCCAAAGAGGAACAAUUCCCGUGCAGUGGCACUGUCCAGGUGCCAUGUUGUGAUGGUCUCUCUGUGUGCUCCCUUCCCAUCACCAUGUUGCUGUACAACCAUGGGUGCUCCCUGCUCCGGCUGCUCCCUGGGACAGCUUGCUGCUGAAGGGCUUUUUUCCAGACUUUCCUUCUGCUGUUUAGUUUUUUUUUCCCUCUGUAACUUGAUUUUUCCAAGAGAGCUGUUUCAGCUUUGUACUCCAGCCUUUUGCCACCUGUUAGGAUGAGGUUGUUCCCAUUUUGGUUUUGUUAAUUAAUGUCCUCAUCCCUGUGGGAGAAGAGGGGGACCAGGAGGGUUGUAGAAAGUCGUGGCCACUUUACCUUCCAGCCAAGGACUUGCUUUCUGUGGCUCAUGGAAGUUCACCACAUCUUAUCCAUAUCCUAAGCAACUCAAUCUUUGGUUUUAUAUUAAAAAUACAAGUUCUAGGUGUUUGUGCCCACUGCAGAUUUAUUUUAAAUGGAAUAUGUAAGUACCAUGUAUUACGGUAUUUUUAAAUAAUCUAUUGCCUAUUUCAGGGGAGGGGGAGAUGACAAAUAUUUAGUCUUAGAUUUGCACUGCUGGAUUUUUUUAAGUGUAACCUUGACUGGUUAUCCUGUUGUUUUAUUCUGUAAGAUUAGUCCUAUCAAUUAAAGUUUGAUAAUUAAGUAAUUCUGCGUUUGAGAGUUUCAGCGUUCUGUACAUGCUCAGCUACUUCCUCUCCCAUGAGCAACCACGAGCAAAGGGUUUGUAGUUGGGUUUUUGUGGAAAGCUGGACACGGGUGGAAACCCGCUGUCACGUCUGACGCCGUCGGUCCCGUUCCCCAGGGUGGGAUUUGGGACAAGCACUGCUGUGUGUGAAAGGGAUGUGAAUUACAGGAGAGCUCUUCCCUAGCUCCCCAUCCAAACCCGGGUUUACUCUGGUGUUAAACUGUAGCUGUGUCGUGCAGAGCUUGCUGGGGUGUCAGCAGUGCCACCUGUGUGUGACAGCCUGCCAAGCACGGGUGCUGAGGAGCAGCCGGCUGUCUUGGGGCUUUUUAAGGCUUGACAGAUGCUGCCUCUGUUUGUGACUGGCCUUAGAAGCUUUCCCUCCCCUCACCCCUGUAAAAAAAGCGGGCUGAGACAAUUAAUUAGUGUCAUCACUGAAAUAACGUUCCAAAUAUGUGCUGUACAGCCACCUAAGGUGCAGUAUUGGCAAGUUCAGUUUAAUAUCCAGGUGUGCCCUAACGGCCAGUGAUUCGUGGGGCUGGGGGAGCUGAAUUCUGCCAAAACCCCUGUUCAGCUCCAGUUCCUCCUUUUGGAAAGAGCUCUCCCACCAGCACCUGUGCGCUGCUUUUUCCUGGAGUGAAGGUUAUUCCAGAUGGGUUGGUGUGUAAGGCGGCCGGGAAGAGCCCUCUGCGUCCCGGCGGGGCCGGGGCCGAGGUCCGGGGGAGCCUGUACGCUUUGUCCCGCGCUACCGGUGAGAGGAGUUUUUCCCAGAAUAGUGUUAAAACCGCAGGGAUGGGGACGGUGCGCGGCCGUGAUGCUGAAGCCGAGAUUGCAGAGGGCCGGAGAACGGGGCUGGGGGUCCCGGGGUGCAGCCCGGCACCUCCCGCUGCCCCGGCGCUGGCGGCCGCCGCUGUGCGGGGCGGGGAGCGGCCGGGGCCGGGCCGGGGGGGCAGGAAACCGCAUCCUGGAUCCGCCCCGGCCCCGCUGACUCAGGGCCCGGCGAUAAGCGCGGCCCGGCCCUGCGCUCCGCGGCCCCGGCAUGUCCGGGACAUGGGCGGCCCCUCCGCGCCGCUGCGCCGGGGGAGGCUCCGGGGGGAGCUCCGGGGGGAGCUCCGGGGGCUGCUCCCGGCCCUGCUGCUGCUCCUGCCGCUCACGGCACAGUGCCUCAAAGGUGGUGCUGUCACUGUUCCAGAAACACUGCUUUUUAUAUCCACUCUGGAUGGAAACCUUCAUGCAGUGAGUAAGAGCACGGGGGACAUCAAGUGGACCCUGAAGGAUGAUCCUAUUCUGCAGGUGCCGGUUUAUGUGGCAGAACCAGCAUUCCUUCCAGACCCCAAUGAUGGCAGCCUGUAUAUCCUGGGAGGAAAGAACAAAGAAGGCUUGAUGAAGCUGCCGUUCACCAUCCCAGAGCUGGUGCAGUCCUCGCCGUGCCGCAGCUCGGACGGGGUGCUCUACACCGGGAAGAAGCAGGACACCUGGUUCAUCGUGGACCCCAAGUCAGGAGAGAAGCAGACCACGCUCUCGACAGAGGCCUGGGAUGGGCUGUGCCCGUCCAGUCCCCUGCUCUACAUCGGCCGUACCCAGUACGUCAUCACCAUGUACGACACCAAGUCCCGGGAGCUGCGCUGGAAUGCCACCUUCUCUGAAUACUCAGCGCCGCUCUGUGAGGAGUCCUACCCCUACAAAAUGGCACACUUUGCCUCCAGCGGGGACGGGCUGGUGGUGACAGUGGACAAGGAGAGUGGGGAGGUCCUGUGGGCACAGAACUAUGGCUCGCCUGUCGUCGGCAUCUACGUGUGGCACCAGGACAGCCUCCGCCGUGUCCCCCACCUCAACCUGGCCAUGGAGACCCUGCGCUACCUGACCUUCCACUCACAGGACAUCCACCUUCUCAAGUGGAACUACCAGUCUGUGAAGGACUUUGCUGCCACCAAGACCCAGCUGCUGCCUGCACUCUACGUGGGGAAAUAUGCAACCAGCUUCUACGCCCUGACCUCCCUGGUCCAUGGCAGCGUGGCUCUGGUGCCACAGGGCAUCACACUGGCCAGGAUUGAUGGCCCCACCACUGAGGAUGUGACCAUGAGAGAGUCAGGGGAGUGUGAGAUCACGCCCAGCACCGAUGUCAAGUACCCCCAGGGCAGCAUCACCUCACUCCACAACCAGUGGCUCCUAAUAGGGCACCAUGAGCUGCCUCCUGUGGUCCACACUACGAUGCUGCGAGCUUUCCCGGAGAACUUGAGGAAGACAACGGAAACCAUCAUCCCGAGGGCUCCUCCUGCCAGGACCGUGUUCGAUGAUUUCGGGGCCCCAAGCGGCCCGGAGGAGCCUGUUCUCCGCAGCGAGGGGCAGUUCGAGCCACACCCUGUGCCAGGGGAGCAGGUGGAGGUGUACCCUGAGGCCAGCGUCUGGGACCUGAUGAUGGCUGGUGUGGGCACAGCGCUGCUGGGCGGGGGCGUCCUCUUCCUCCUGCUGAUGAAACUGCAGCAGCAGCACACGGUGCAGCAGCAGCAGCAGCUGGAGCAGCAGAUCCAGCUCCUGCAACAGCAGCAGGAGAUGCUGCUCCCGGGCCGAGUCACCGAGGAGGGUGUCCAUGCAGAGCCUGGGAUGCUGGGGCUGAGCCAUGGGAGCACAUCGCAGCUCCCGCAGAGCUCCAGCCCCUCGGACCACCUGGAGGACCUGGCUAACGGGAUGGUCAGCCUGGAUCCAGCUGUCCCAGUGGCUGCUGAAGAUGCAGAACCAGACAUGAUUGUAGUUGGGAAAAUUUCUUUUAACCCUAAGGACAUGCUGGGCCACGGAGCUGGAGGAACCUUUGUCUUCAGGGGACAGUUUGAUGGCCGGAAUGUGGCCGUGAAACGCCUGCUGCCCGAGUGUGUCCACCUGGUGGACCGGGAGGUCCAGCUGCUCCGGGAGUCAGACGAGCACCCCCACGUCGUCCGCUACUUCUGCACUGAGAAGGACAAGCAGUUCCACUACAUCGCCAUCGAGCUCUGCUCUGCCACCCUGCAGGAGUAUGUGGAAAGCCCCAGCUUCGACCGCCGCAGCCUGGACCCGGUGUCUGUCCUGCGCCAGACCAUGCUGGGCCUGGCCCACCUGCACUCCCUCAGCAUCGUCCAUCGAGAUCUGAAGCCUUGUAACAUCCUGAUCUCUGUCCCAAAUCGCCACGGGCUGAUCCGAGCUGUCAUCUCUGACUUUGGCCUCUGCAAGAAGCUUCAGGGGGGACGACAGAGCUUCAGCCUCCGCUCCGGCAUCCCCGGCACCGAGGGCUGGAUCGCGCCCGAGGUGCUGCAGGAGGCCCCGAAGGAGAACCCGACCUGUGCUGUGGAUAUCUUCUCAGCUGGCUGCAUCUUCUACUACGUGGUGUCAGGAGGGCAGCACCCAUUUGGGGACAGCUUGAGGCGACAGGCCAACAUCUUGUCGGGCUCCUACCAGCUGAGCUGCCUGCAGGAGGAAGUUCACGACAAGCUUGUUGCACGAGAGCUGAUUGUGUCAAUGAUCAGCCCUGAGCCUCAGCACCGCCCCUCAGCCUCCAUGGUCCUCAUGCAUCCCUUUUUCUGGAGUCAGGAGAAGCAGUUGCAGUUCUUCCAGGACGUCAGCGACCGCAUCGAGAAGGAGCCCGCCGAGGGGCCCAUCGUCUCAGCCCUGGAGGCAGGGGCCCGCUCGGUGGUGAGGACUAACUGGAGGAUGCACAUCUCCCUCCCGCUGCAGACAGACCUGAGGAAGUUCCGCACCUACAAGGGGGCCUCAGUGCGUGACCUGCUGCGGGCCAUGAGGAACAAGAAGCAUCACUACCACGAGCUGCCAGCCGACGUGCAGGCAGCCCUGGGCUCCGUCCCCGAUGGCUUCGUGCAGUACUUCACCUCCCGCUUCCCCCAGCUGCUGCUGCACACCCACUGCGCCAUGAGGGUCUGCGCCCGCGAGCGGCUCUUCCACUCCUACUACUGCCAGGGGCUGGGGGAUGAGGGCCACUGAGCAGGGGCACACACUGAGAUGGCACCCGUUGUGCCAGGCUGCUCCUCCCCACCUGCAGCAGCUGGGAGCAGCCCCAGGGGUCUCCGUGUCCUUCUCCCGCUCCCCAGGGCGAGGUGGGGCUCCAGCACCGCUGGCCGCCCAGCGUACGUGUGGGUUACAAGCAGGAUGGUCCAGACCUGAUGGGCUGAUGGUGGCACCAGGCCAUCAUCUGGGAUCUCCAGCACACAAGAGGGACCCUCUGGGCACCUGCCUUUGCAAAUGCUCAUGGUUGGACUUGGUGCCUGAAGGCAUUUGUGUUAGAGACCAAAAAAAUCUCUUUGGUGGCAAUGGUUCCUCAGUAAGAGAGAGGAAAAGGUGUGUGAGGUUUCCCUGAGGGCAGCUGGGGAGUGAUGCCCUUGUCAGAGUGACACAGCCGGGCUGUGUCAGGUCCCAGAGGGAUAGCUGAGCUUCUUCCCCUGCAUCCUCCCAUGCCAUAUGCCUGGGAAAGUGGCUUUUUGAAUGUGACGGUGACAGGACUGAUCCACCAGCCUUGCUGCUGGAGAUGACCCUUCAGCCCAGCCAAGGGUCGGGGCACAGCAGCUCCACUUCCAGCAGCCCCCAGGGCUCAGCCCUGCUAUUUGCAUCAGGGCUGCCAAGGGUGAGGUGCCACCAGCCCUGGAGGGAGGCACAGAGGCCUCUGGUACUAUCCCAAGAAUGAAGCUAUUUUAUUUCAGCUGGGAAUAAGGUUUUCUGCCUUUUGCUCCCCAGCAGGUGGUCAGUUCCAGGGCAGAGCCCCGUGUCAGUCCUGGGCCCAGGAGCCUGAGCCAUUUGCCCCACAGCACAGCUGGGCAGGAGCAGUGCUGGGGUCACAGCAUCCUGAGGUGUGGGGUUUGUGGGGUUUCUUUGUUGGUUUGUUUAGGGGUUUGGUUUGUGUUUUGUUUUGACACAGGUAAAAAAGUUUUUUUUUUACCUGGCUUGUUUUCAGAAUGCUGUAGAACAUUUUAUACAAAAUGCUAUAGAGAAAAAUAAAAACUUGUCCUGCUUAAAAAUAAA